AUUCACUCUCCUCCCACAAACUAAACCCUAAAUUCUUCUUCUCUCCCUUCGCAACUUUCAGAGGAGAGUGAAAACCACACACCCUAUUCUCCUUCCCUAUCUCUCUCCUUAUCCCGCAACAAUGGCGGCCACCUACGACCACGACGACCACCACCACAGCAACGCACCUUCCACCCUGUCCUCCACCGACUACGACCCUAACUUUGUCCCUGAUUCCGUCAAAACCUUCGUCGUCCUCCUCUACCGCCACAUCCGCGAGAAAAAUGUCUACGAAAUCCACCAGAUGUACGAAACCACCUUCCACACCAUUAGCGAUCGCAAAUUCAAGGACACUCCUUGGCCUUCUGUCGACGCUAUCGCCCCGUCUGUGGAUAACGAUCAUGUUUUCUGCUUGCUUUACCGCGAAAUGUGGUUCCGUCAUCUGUACGCGAGGAUGCAGCCGACUCUGAAGCAGAGGAUUGAUAGUUGGGAUAAUUAUUGUAGCCUUUUUCAGGUUGUUCUUCAUGGUGUUGUCAAUAUGCAGCUGCCGAAUCAGUGGUUGUGGGAUAUGGUUGAUGAGUUUGUGUAUCAGUUUCAGAGUUUUUGUCAGUAUAGGGCUAAGAUGAAGUCCAAAACUGAGCAGGAGAUUGCCUUGCUUCGUCAGUUUGAUCAGGCUUGGAGUGUAUAUGGUGUUCUCAACUAUCUGCAAGCACUUGUUGACAAGUCAAUGAUCAUUGAUAUUUUGGAGCGGGAGAAAGAGGGUCUUGAACAAUUUACUGCAGAUGAUGGCUAUGAUUAUAAUGGUGGAAGUAAUGUUUUGCGGGUAUUGGGGUACUUCAGCAUGGUGGGAUUGCUUAGGGUUCACUGUUUGUUGGGGGAUUACCACACUGGAUUGAAGUGCAUGCGUCCAAUUGAUAUUAGUCAGCAUGGUGUGUAUACCACGGUAAUUGGAAGCCACAUCACCACUAUUUAUCAUUAUGGUUUUGCCAAUCUUAUGUUACGAAGAUAUGUUGUGGCCAUUCGUGAAUUCAAUAAAAUUCUAUUGUAUAUCUACAAGACCAAACAAUAUCACCAGAAAUCUCCACAAUAUGAGCAAAUACUGAAGAAAAAUGAGCAGAUGUACGCUUUGUUGGCAAUUUGUCUUUCUUUGUGCCCCCAGACAAAGCUUGUUGAGGAAACUGUAAACUCUCAGCUUAGGGAGAAGUAUGGUGAGAAGAUGAGUAGGAUGCAAAGAUAUGAUGACGAGGCAUUUGCUCUCUAUGAUGAGCUUUUCUCAUAUGCAUGUCCCAAGUUCAUUACUCCAUCUCCCCCAAACUACGAUGAGCCUCUUGUCAAUUACAAUCAGGAUGCUUACAGACUUCAACUGAAGCUUUUCCUUUAUGAAGUGAAGCAACAACAAUUACUUUACGGUGUUCGCACCUUUUUGAAGGUGUAUUCUACCAUAUCUCUUGGGAAACUUUCUACAUACAUGGAAGUAGAUGAAGCUACAUUGAGGACAAUCUUGAUGACAUACAAGCACAAGACACAUACCGUUGAUGCUGACGGCAAGAUCAUAUCCAAUGCUGACAUCGACUUCUAUAUUGAUGAUGAUAUGGUUCAUAUUAUAGAAUCGAAAACACCCAAGCGAUAUGGUGAUUACUUCAUGCGCCAAAUUGCAAAGCUCGAAGGCGUGAUGAAUGACAUGGAUAGGAUAAAGUUGGAGUAGGUCACAGUUUUGUUUAUUUGUAGAACUUACUUUCUUCCCUUUUCCUUUUGCUCGUAUUUUGUGAUGGUAACAAUGUACCUUUUUUUGGAUGCAUUCUUUUCUCCUUCCCCAGUUUCGGAAUCUAGUUAGAUGGAAAUUUGGCUUUCUUGAGAUGGAAUCUAUAUUUUAGAAGUAUAAGGGGAGAUAAUUCUGAUUACGAGCAAUUUUGAUUUAUUUGUAGUACUGCCUUGGUGAAAUGCUUUUCUUUUGAAUGCGUA